GAAAAUAAUUCAGUUGUAGACCAGUCGUGAUCUCAAACGGAUGUGUAGGUCCGUAGUAUAUCGUUCGUUUGUACACGCUCGCCAACCGUAUGUUUUACCGCUACGCUAAAUCAAAGUAAAAAGCCAAAGGCUUGAUUGAACAGUGACAAAUCAUUUAAUUAAUAAAUGUAUGGAAAACAAUUUUGAAUAUUUUUUGAGUUUGAUAAGAAAUCGCAAACGCCGGAAUUGUGUUACAAACUAAAAAAAAAAAAACAAAAUUAAAAAUAAAUACAUACACACACUCAUAAAAACUGGUUUUAAAGUCCUGACUACUGAUGCAUUGUGCUUUUGUUUUUGUUGUUACGUUAAUGAGAACGCGCGCACACGGUCGCAUUAGUCAUUAAUUAAAAAUUAAUUAAAGCGCUUUAGUCGAAAGCCAACAAAUUUUGCGAAUAAACAAAGGUGACAAGCCAAUUUGAGCGUGACAAAGCGAAAAACAAAAACAAAUAAUAAAUUAAAACAAAUUGAACAAAAUUGAAGUUAGCCAAAAACUAAAAUAAAUAAAAAUUAUUGCAAAAUAAGCGCACAGCAGUGUUGAACAAAUUUCAUUACUCGCACUCAAGCGUUUCGCAGAGUUUGAAACGGCAGAAAAUAUGUUGUUGUGUUUAAAACCAAACAGCUGUGCACUGUGAUAUGUUUUCCGCUAACUUUUGUAAGAAAUAAUAUUAAAAAAAAUUAAAUUCAACUAAAAAUUAAUAUUGUGUAAAAUCAGUACAACGCCAGCGUCUGUCACAUUCUCGCCACCCCGCUGCCCCAUGUUAAAGCUGUCAUCCACAGGAAUGACUGUCACUGGUUUACGCACAAGCAUGACAAGCCCGACGGUACCGCCGCAAACAGCGUCCGCCGCCAUCACCACCACCAUGACAAUGACCAGCCCCAGCACGCUGGUGGUCAGUCCCGCACAUCUAAUCGGCGGCAGCAACAUUAACAACAACAACAAUAAUACAAAUCUCAAUCGCAGCGGUAGCAAUAGCAGCCCCACAUCACCUUCCACACUUCUCUUAACACAUCAGCAACAACAAACGUUGCAGCAACAAUUGCUGCCGCUACAUACACAGUCAACGCAUAGUCACCCGCAUCAACUGAAUAAGACGAGCUCGCGUCUAAGUAAUUUCAGCGUCGCUUCACUCUUAGCCGAUACGCGACCAGCGGCAAAUUUGUCCCCCUCACGCACUCAUAGCGCGGACGCCAUGCAAAUGGAACCACGCAAUUUGUCUAGCCACACACCAGCCGUCACGUUGUCACCUGUUUCACCGGCAGGCUCCUCACCCGCCUCACCUACCGCCGCACAUGGCACGCAACAAUUAGCGCCACACGCCGCCAGCCAUCCGCCACAUCAGCAUCCACACGCGCACUUUCAUUCCGCCGCCGUGGCACAUCAUGCGCAUUUGUUGCACGCAGCAGCAGCCGCACAUGCGCAACAACAACAUGCCGCUGCAGUGGCUGCCGCCGCUGCAGCACAACAGGCGGCGGUCGCAGCAGCGGCCAACAGUGGCACAGCGCCACAUUUGCACGGCGCAGCGGCACAUUUACGUCACACAUUGAGUAGCAGCUCAGCGGAAGCGCCCACUAAUCUAGUUACCACGGAGUGUGGCAGCAGCAACAACUCACAACAACAACAACAUCACCAUGCUGCAACAUCGCGCCUUGGCUCACCCGCUGCCCAUAUGAGCGGUCCCAGCGCGGACACGUCCUCCUCCUCAUCGGCCACAGCGCUGCUGGCGAAACAUGAACGUCACUCGCCUAUGGGCAGCUCAGUGGACUCAGAGCUGGAGUAUGAUGAUGAUUACAAUGAGCACGAGCAUGACGGUGAGCAUGAACAUGAUGAAGAGGAGGAUUCGAUAGUGGAUAUUGAAGAUAUGAAUGCGGACGAUUCGCCGCGUUCCACACCGGAUGGCAUGGAUAGCAGCAAAUCACCGGAAACGCUUAGCGCUCAUAUGCCCAACUCACCGCAUCUGCUCUCGCCAGCGGCACUGGCUGCCUCUGGUCAUGUACCCAUUCGGCCGACACCGUUCAGCGCGCUGGCCGCAGCCGCGGUGGCGUGGGGCGGCAUCGGCGGCGGUGUGCCUUGGCCGGGUGCGCGUCAAAUGCCACCAUUCGGGCCGCCUGGCUUAUUUCCAGGACAGGGAUUUGGCGGAGACAACAAUGAACCGCCACGCAUCAAGUGCAAUCUACGCAAACACAAACCAAAUCGUAAGCCACGCACGCCCUUCACCACCCAACAGCUGUUAUCGUUGGAGAAGAAAUUCCGCGAAAAGCAAUACCUGAGCAUAGCAGAGCGCGCUGAAUUCUCCUCCUCUCUGCGCCUAACCGAAACACAAGUGAAAAUCUGGUUUCAAAAUCGACGCGCCAAAGCGAAACGACUGCAAGAAGCCGAAAUCGAGAAGAUCAAAAUGGCCGCGCUGGGUCGUGGUGGACCGGGUGCGCAAUGGGCGAUGGCCGGCUACUUUCAUCCCAGUCUAAUGCAUUUGGGAUAAGGAGCUAAGCGAACUAAGCACACACUACGCUCUUUAGUGGAAUCACUUGACAUCUACCAUAAAAGUUUAGACCCAAUUCUUACAUAACACAUUUCACAUUUUUUCAUGGGUAAAGCGACAGUUUGCUACUGAAAAAUGCGACGUCAAAAUUUUGUAUGAAGCGAGCUGAGCGUACUAUAUAAUAUUCAGAGGGAGUUCAAUAGUUUUCUGCAAAAUUUCGAAAACACUUCUUAAGCGCAAUUAAUUUUUCACCUAAUUUUUGUUGUUUGCAAAUUUUGUGAGCCACUGUUAAUUGGUAGUUUAUAAUUUAUAGUUAUGUAUUGGUAGUUUAACUUACCCCAAUUGCUGUGAUGUUAGCGCAUUUUACAUUGUAACUGUAAAUAAAUAUAAAGAAUAAAAUUUGAAUUGAAUAAAAAUUCAUAAAUCUGUAUAGUAUAAUUAAUGAAAAUAAAUUAAAUAGUGGAAAUAGUAGCAUCAAAGUUUCCAAAAAAGGGCAAACAAACUCAGUUCACUCCGCAAUGAAAAUAUAUGGUUUUUUUUAUUAUUGUAAAUUAGUUAAAAAAAUUUAAAAAAUAUUAUCUCUCAAUAAUUUGUUGGCACAAUGAAUUUGAUUUGCAAUUUUAUUUAGAAUAUACUUUGAGUUUCGAAUUUUAUUUAGAUAUAUAUAUUUUGAAAUAUAUUAAUUUUUCUUAAAACAAUUUCGUAAUUAAC